AUGGGCAACGAAGAGUCGACCGUGGUAGACGAUUCCACUGCCCCCUCCGUACUGGAGGCGCGUACAGUCGAGGCUGUAGCCAAAUACAUCAAAGAGCAUAAUGUAAAGCGUGUUGUGGUGAUGGUUGGAGCGGGCAUCAGCACUUCAGCAGGCAUCCCCGACUUCCGCUCUCCAGAUACUGGAAUCUAUUCCAACUUGGCUUUCCUGGACCUGCCAGAGCCCGAAGCUGUCUUUGACAUUGGCUUUUUCAGGGAAAACCCCAAGCCAUUCUACGCCUUGGCGCAUGAACUGUACCCUGGUCGCUAUCGCCCGACCAUCGCGCAUUCUUUUAUCAAAUUGCUCUACGACAAGGGAAUGCUGUUGAAGCAUUUCACUCAGAACAUCGACUGCCUCGAACGUGAGGCUGGUGUGCCAGGCGACGUGAUCAUCGAGGCUCACGGCAGUUUCGCGUCGCAGCGCUGCAUUGAUUGCAAGGAGACAUACCCAGACGCUGAUAUGCACGAAAAAGUCACCAAGGGCGAGGUCGCACAUUGCUUUUCCUGCAACGGCCUUGUCAAACCCGACAUUGUGUUCUUCGGCGAGGCUUUGCCCUCGUCUUUCUUUGAUAACCGCGACAUGCCCGGAAAAGCAGACCUUUGCAUUGUCAUGGGAACCAGCUUGUCCGUUCAGCCAUUUGCCAGCCUACCUUCAUUGUGCAAGUAUGAUACACCUCGCCUGCUCAUCAACAUGGAGCGGGUCGGCGGUCUCGGCUCGCGGAAAGAUGAUGUGCUACUCCUCGGUGACUGUGACACUGGCGUUCGCAAGCUCGCCAAAGCCCUGGGGUGGGAUGAAGAGUUGGAGAGCUUGUGGGAGGGAACCCACCCAGAGCCCAAGGGGGAGGAGAAAGAGGCAGCAGUUCCCCAGACGCGGGACGAGCGCCUGCAGGACGAAGUGGACCGGCUUACAGAGGAAGUCGACCGAACUCUGGGGUUGACAGAUGCUUAUCAGAGCAAAGUCCGCGAGAGGCUGGAGUCACACGAAGCACACCGCCAGUCCAAGGUGGGCGGUCUCGCGCAUGUGUUUCCCCAUUUGGCAUGA